AAUCAGCGGUUUCUUAGCCAUCAUCUUCUGAAUUCGAAAAUUGAGUACAGAACUUCUUUGUUUUAGCCAUUGGCGUUUUCUUAUCAAGAUGUUCGUCUCUGGUUUAUCAGCUCUUAUUCCUUCAACUACAAUUAUCCAACGUCCUCAGAAAACAAGGUUAUGUAGGAAGCGAAGUGAUCGAACAAUUCUUUCCUACUAUAGCUUGCAUAGCCCGCCUUAUAAACUCGAUGCAUUGGAACCGCAUAUGAGCCAGAGGACUCUUGAGAAGCACUGGGGAGAGCAUCAUCGUAGUUAUGUGGAAGGUCUUAACAAACAAUUGGGGAAGAAUGAUAUAUUGUACGGCUAUACUUUGGAUGAACUUGUUAAAGUGACAUACAAUAACGGGAACCCUAUGCCUGAAUUUAAUAAUGCUGCACAGGUAUGGAAUCAUGACUUCUUUUGGGAGUCAAUGCAACCCGGGGGUGGUAAGAUGCCCAUCAUGGGUCUUCUCCAGCAGAUUGACAAGGAUUUUGGUUCCUAUGGUAAUUUCAAGGAGAAAUUCACUCAAGCUGCAUUAUCGUUGUUUGGAUCUGGCUGGGUUUGGCUCGUUUUGAAGAGAAAGGAGAAGCGACUUGACGUGGUUAAAACGCAAAAUGCAGUUAAUCCUCUUAUUUGGGAUGAUAUUCCAAUUUUAUGUUUGGAUAUGUGGGAGCAUGCAUAUUAUCUGGAUUUCAAGAACGACAAAGCGAAAUACGUAGAUUCAUUCUUGAAUCAUCUUGUCUCUUGGAAUGCGGCUAUGGGUCGAAUGGCUCGCGCUCAAGCAUUUGUCAAUUUGGGCGAACCUAAGAUCCCGGUUGCAUGAUUUGUCUUGAGAAAAUGGAAUUGUCAUUAGUUGUUGUAGCGAAAACUAGAGAAAGCUAAUUGUUGUAUUUUAGCACAAAAAGAAGAUAUUAGAUGUAGCAAAGUUUUGUAUAGUAGUAGUAAUAUUAUGCCAUUUUUGAGGAUGGGAUUAUUGUAGUCUAGUUUAUUAAGU